AUGAGCAAGGCUUUGCUUGCAUUCGUUUGGAUUGCAAGUCCACUGGCCGGAACCCUUGUACAGCCUUAUAUCGGCAUUCGGAGCGAUAAUUGUCGCAUCUCGUGGGGCAAGAGAAAGCCAUUUAUGUUUGCUGGGGCCGCGGGAACGGUCGUUGCCUUGCUGGCACUCGCAUGGGUGCAGGAAAUUGUGGGCGGGCUUCUUGGGCUUUUUGGCGCGGACCCUAAUUCUGGGGGUGUCCGGACGACCAUUAUCAUCGUCGCGACUGCCUUGAUGUGUUGCUUGGAUUUUGCCGUCAAUACGGUACAGGCUGGUAUCCGUUGCUUUAUUGUUGAUAAUGCACCAACCCACCAGCAGGAAUCUGCAAAUGCAUGGGCCAGUCGAAUGACCGGCGUGGGAAAUAUCUGCGGGUUCAUCUUUGGAUACAUAGAUUUGCCCAGCAUUCUGCCAUUUCUGGGAAAGACGCGGUUCCAGAUCCUCUGCGCAAUAGCUUCGCUUCUACUUGGGAUUACGCUGGUGAUCAGCUGUUCUUAUAUCAAAGAACGAGAUCCCCGGCUGGACAGUCCACCUGCUUCAAGCAGUCUCGGUCUCGUCUCUUUCUUCAAACAGGUUUUCAAAGCUAUCCGUCAUCUACCGCCACAAAUUUCCAAGGUCUGCGAAGUUCAACUCGCAGCUUGGAUUGGAUGGUUCCCCUUCUUAUAUUACGCCACUACGUACAUUGGACAGCUAUAUGUGAAUCCCAUCUUCGAAGACCAUCCCAAUCUCUCCGACAAGGACAUUGACCAGGCUUGGGAAGAUGCCACUCGAAUCGGAUCUUUUGCACUUCUUAUUUAUGCAGUCAUCUCAUUCGUGGCCAAUAUCAUGUUGCCAGUCUUGGUUGUUCCCUCGUACAAACCGAUUGUCGCCUCCGAUAGACAGCAUGGUGAGGGUCUCCUCGAAGGGGAAGAAGAAUCCGGAAUAGGGACUCGAAGGAUGUCAGCGUCCAGUAUCCCCUACGGAGCACCACUUGAGCAGCAACCUCAAGGCUCCAAGGUCAACAAUGGCGGACCAACAUGGCUUGCUUAUUUGCAGAUUCCAGGCUUCACACUUCGACGAGCAUGGCUUAUUUCGCACGUCCUCUUUGCCACUUGCAUGUUCAGUACCUUCUUUGUCUACACCCAUCAAGCCGGAUCGGCUGUUAUCGGGUUACUUGGGAUCAGUUGGGCCAUGACGCUGUGGGCACCGUUUGCAUUGAUCUCUGCGGAGGUCUCACGACUUGAUACGGAAUAUCGCAUCCGUCGAGUCCGUGCUGCCAGAACAGUCGCGGAAGGGACUCGUGACGCAGUCACUGCGGCCGCUGAUAGACAUCGCUACUCUCACCAUGGCGAGGACUUGGAGAAUGGUCAUGAAGUAUCGCAUGUGAAAGCUCUUGGAGAGGAGGAUGAGAACCCAGCCCAGGCCGGCAUCGUCCUCGGACUUCAUAAUGUGGCCGUCUCUGCGCCACAGAUCCUUUCCAGCUUGGUAUGCAGUGCGAUAUUUAAGGCGUUUCAGAAACCGCGGGGAGAGCCUUGGGAUGACAGGAGAGCUGCGGACUCCGAUACGGACCCUGAUGAUGUCCCCGAGGCGGGCACCAAGGAGUUUUUCAGCUCCUGGGCACUCUUUAUCAUGAUCAUGCUUUUGAUGUGUGCGCUUUUUACGAGUUAUAUCCUACAGCAGAAGAAGAUUCAAGCUGUGCAUGAGACGGUGUUGUCCAUUUUUGGGGGCAUGUUCGUCGGAUUGAUUAUACGACUAAGUCCAGAGUCGCCUAUCCAAGACAGUGUGACCUUCGAUUACCAAUUCUUUUUUAAUCUCCUCCUUCCUCCGAUUAUCUUGGCCUCCGGGUACGAGUUACAUCAGGCGAACUUCUUCCGCAAUAUCGGUACGAUUCUGACGUUUGCGUUUGCGGGAACAUUCAUCUCGGCUAUCGUGCUGGGGCUCGUGUUGUACGUUUGGACUCGGAUCCCACUGGACGGUCUGAAUAUCUCUUUCGUCGAGGCGAUCUCAGUGGGGGCGACUCUUUCGGCGACGGACCCGGUUACGAUCCUGGCGAUCUUCAAUCUAUACAAGGUCGAGCCGAAGCUGUAUACUGUCAUAUUUGGCGAGUCGAUCUUGAACGAUGCUAUUGCUAUUGUCUUGUUUGAAACUGCGCAGAAGUAUGCAGAGAGUGAGGCUGGGUCGUUGACCUUUCUCAAUUUGUUUGAGGCCAUCGGUCUCUUCUUGUUGGUUUUCUUUGGUAGUAUGAUUGUUGGUAUUAUUGUGGGGAUCAUGACUGCGCUGGGUCUCAAGUACACUCAUGUUCGUCGCAUGCCCAAGAUUGAGAGCUGCAUGAUUGUUCUCAUUGCAUACGCCAGUUAUUUUUUCUCCAACGGCGUGUACCUAUCAGGCAUCGUGUCUCUCCUAUUCUGUGGUAUUACGAUGAAACACUACGCUUAUUACAACAUGUCGCGCCGAACACAAUUGACCACCAAAUACCUCUUCCAGGUGAUGGCGCAAUUGUCGGAGAACUUUAUCUUCAUCUACCUAGGAAUGGAUCUGUUCGUUGAGAGCAACCUGCAAUUUAAGCCGCUGUUCAUUCUGGUGGCGGUAUUAGGAAUCUGUCUUGCGCGGUAUCUCGCCGUAUUCCCACUGUCAAAAGCCAUCAAUUGGUUCAUCCGGUAUCGCGCCCGCCGCUGUGGUGUCGAAGCUGUGGAUGAGCUUCCGUUUGCUUACCAAGCCAUGCUCUUCUGGGCUGGACUGCGAGGAGCAGUCGGUGUUGCUUUGGCAGCGGGUCUAAAGGGCGUUAAUGCUCCGGCUCUGCGGGCUACUGUCCUGGUUGUAGUCGUGCUGACUGUUAUUAUCUUUGGUGGAACCACAGCUCGGAUGCUUGAAAUCCUGGGGAUCAGGACCGGUGUGGUCGAGGAGCUGGAUUCGGACGAUGAGUUCGACAUCGAAGUCACUCAUGGAGGUACCUACUACAAACGGGAUACGGGUCUAGGAUACACUCCUCGUCGGAUGGACUCAACCAUUCCUUUGGAUGGAAUGCAGCGUGAGGGGCUUGACAGGACGCAUAGCUAUUCCACUGGCAACAGCCGUCGUCCCAGCCCGCCACCCAAUCGGUCAUCAAGCCGAGGUCACGCUCGCACAUAUUCGAAUGCCUACGGGCCCAAAGACACCCAGACACGUCGCGACCGAUCAUCGACGGCCACACUCCUUAACAGCGGAGCUGGGGGCCAUAGCGAUGACAGUGCGGCCAGCGAGGAUGAGUUUGGCCUCAAGACCACUAAGAGCACCAGAAGGUCACGAGCCACAGCCGAACCGGAUCCAGACGAGUUUGAGAUCGACGUCGAAGAGUCGGAGGAGGAUGACCAUGGACUUCCCCCAUCUGCGACACCCGCAUCGCGACUGCGGCGAUCGCAUUCCCAACAGCAGCAAGAACCCACAUCCUCCAGAGUGUUACCGUCGCCGUCGCCGUCGCGACAUGAAACCAUCAGCGCUCGCGAGGCUCUCCGGGAUCUUUUCUCGGGCGGGCCGACUGGGGAUCAUGCAGCGUGGUUCCGGCAGCUGGAUGAAGGGUAUAUCAAGCCACGGUUACUUCUGGAUCAGUCGAAUCAUAAAGGGCCUGGGGCUGUUUGA